GAUAUGAAUCUAUUGAUUCAUCUUCUGAAGCAACAAAUCUUGCUAGAAUUCUUGAGGAUCUGAUAUGGCAAGUUGAGAAUAUAGAUCUAAAAAUUUUUGACCCCAACUUUAAUUGCCCAUAUUGA